UCAGUUCACUUUAAUAGACACAGAAGAGUAAAAGUUUGAUCAUGAUAAAUCACAAAUAUGAGCCUAUCAACGACCCAAUAGAUAUUAUUGAAUCGAUGAAUAUCAUUUCUAAGAAGUGUUACCUGCUAUUGUUCAAUUUAUUGGUGAAACUGGAAAAUUAUCUCAAUAUGUAAUCAGAUUCGUGAUGAGAGUAUAACGUGUGAAACAAUGAAAUAUUGUUAACAUUGUUGGCAUCUUUUGGUUGAAGGGCUCCACUAGACUUGUAAUAAUUGCGAGUUGAUCAGUGAGAGUAAUGAAGAAAAACCUAAGUAAUUAAAGUAAUUAUCAUAGUUAAGAUGAAAAUCAUAAAUACCCAGAACGAUGAUUGGUGUAUAAUUGUACAGUUUACUGAAAAGCUAGAAAGAGGUAGAGAGAAGACAGAGAACAAUGAAAAUGUUUAUACCCAAUGGUUACCGUCGUAACCAGUCAGCCAUAAAAAUAUAUUUUCAACUAAUGUUCUUCUGAGGAAAUUCAUUUCAACGUUAAAAGACGCUGUUGCUGCUUGCUUUCGGAUCUUCUGGUAAAACAUAUGAUCAAGUGAUUCUAAUGGUGUUGCUGUUGUACUUCAAGAAAGUAACCAUUACUUGAUUAUUGUUUGUUUAUUUUCACUUUUAAAUGUGUUUCCAGUUAUAAUUAACUCUUCUUACAACAACACCAACAUCAUCUUCAUCAUCUUCAUCGUCUUCAACAUUUUUGUUCAACAUAUUGCUUCUAUAACUUUUUAGUUGUUUUUGUUUGUAAAGACAGUUAACUUAUUUUAUGUAACAAUCAUUGGUGUCUUUUAGACUGUUGAUUGUUUCACAGUUAAACUGUGUCAUCAGUUUCUGUAAUUAUGUCGAAACAAAUUUUUGGCAAUGAUCCAGAUAAACCAGUUGCUCAUCCACCCUGGGUCAACCCAUGUAACCUUCCGAUUUACAUUUACCCAUCGCAGGAUAGUCAACCUUCAGUUAAGGAUAUGUACGAGAAAAUAACCCGCCGAGCAACAGCAGCUAAAGGAUUGUCAGAAAAGUUGAAGACACAAUUUCUAGCAGACUUUGAUGACGAAGACUUUGAAUCUGGAUUAACGGAUUUACGGUUAGAAUGGCUUCCUGAAGUUAGAGCACUCAUUGAUGAAUUUAGUCAAUUCGAGGAAGCUGAUGGAUUGAAAAGGAGUUUCAAAUAUUUACAAUAUUUUGCUGUUGGUUUUGAGCAAAUCGUACUUGAUCAAUGUAUCCAUGAGGAAUCAUUAAAAGAAGAAUUCCAGGAAAUCGAAAAUCAUUUACGGCAAUUACUAUGUGAAUUACAAUUAGGAAUGUGGUUUCGAGAAGUUGCACCUGAAGAUCACAUUGGACAGGAAAUAAUGGCUCAAGAGUAUCGGGAUAUUUCCGAUAGAUCAAGAAGAUUGAUAAGAGAUUAUUUACUUCUUCGAGAUUUCGCUCAAUUGGUUGAACACAUUAAAUCGCUGUUUGAAAGGCUCAAUGCAACUGUAUAAAUACUUUGCAUCCAUCACAUAUUUAUAAAUCAAAAGAUCAUAUGGACUGAAGAUAUUUGCAGAGACAAUUGGUUCGCAAUGAAGUCAUUAUAACGUUUUUAAAUUAUUAUUUUCCCAUUGAUGAUGACAAUCAAUGAUCAGGAUUACAAAUUUAGUCAUUGAACAGUGGUGGCAAUCGAUAAUACUAGUCGUCAAAUUUUUAGCUGUGCAAAACUGUUAAUUGGUUAAAGAUGGAUUUUAAUUAGAAUUGGAAAAAAUAUUGUUGGUUAAAGUCAAAGCAAUUACUCAAUGAAAAUCAAUGGAGGGAAAUUGCACCUUAAACCUCUUCUUUUCCUACUCAUCAAAUAAUUCAUUUCAAUCAAUGCUGUUGGUGUAAGAUUGAACAAACAUACAAAAUCUACUUAAAUAUUAUGCUUUUAAAUGUCAGGGUUGGCAUGAAUUACGAUAUUUUCACUAUCAAUCAACCAUCUUAUCUACAGUCUUUUUGGUACAAAAUCAUCACAUUCAAACCGCAAUUGCUAGUGAAAUGAGGAAGUCACCAACACACAAAGGCACCAGAAUUACUUCAAGAGGCUGAUAUAAUUGACAACGCUUAAAGUGUAUAUAUUUUGAGACAAAUAACUUCACCCACAAAAAAUGCACCUUUAUUCAAAUUUAAAUUAAUUAAUCUUCUACAAAGCCUUCAAUACACUUGAAUGGAUUACAGUAAUGAUGAACCAUAAUUUAUCAAGUUGGUUAGUUGAUGAUAGUGAAAUAGAAACAUGACUUUGAUUUCAUGUUGAAAGAGCAAAAUGACUGGUUUACUUAAUUGUGAGCCAUUUUGAGACAGAGAAGAAAAAUGAAGAUGAAGAUGAUUGAAGAAGAAACAAAGAAAGGAAGUCAAUAAAAGAGACUGGCGAAUGACUUUACUUUUGGCUUUUCGCCCUCACCUCAGUCAUCAUCAUCAUCACCACCAUGUUCAUCAUUUCCAUCGCCAUCAUCUCUAAAGAUCUAUUUCUGGACGAGUCGAUGCCACAAGUUUCCCUUCAUCUUCAAUCCUUAUCCUUUAACUAUUGAAGAUGAUUUGAGAAAGGAUUUGCACUCAUCUCUGUCUCUUCUCUUCCUUUUAUCCUCAUCUCUCUUCAUUAUCAUGUUGUUCAGAAUUAAAUUGUUGCUCUAUGACUUUUUUAUUA